AUGGCUAGUUCAAUCGAGAACCUGCCCAACUCAAGAUUGGCAGCGGUGGAAUCCUCAAUUGUGGCCUGCAUGGCGGUUAUCCGUUUGGUUGGGCUCGAGUUGAUUACUUCGGAUGCACCUACAACUGCCGUCCACAGCCUGGCCGAUAUCCCUGUUGAUCUGAACGCCUCCCCGUCUUCCGCGCUUGUUUCACGCUCGAAUGAAAAAUCGAAAUGA